CGACACGAGUAAAAAUAACCCUAUCUGUUGAUAUGUAGCCUACGUGAACACGAUCUGUACAAGCAGUGAGUGACACAUUUUUCAGUUACAAGGAAAUCAAGCUACCAAGCUCAAGUGUCCGGAUAAAAAAUGAGCAGGCCCUCGCACAGAUUUUCGCAGACAGUGCGCCAAAGGCAAGCGCCUUCCUCACCAAUUGUACAUCAAACCUCUUUUAGACCAACAAGCGGCCAUGGCGUAGGUGUACAUUUUCCCGGGCAUAAUCAAAGAUCUGGGCAAAUAAGCAACGUAAAUCCGACACGGCAGGCACCAACGCCGACGAAACAAGAACUUCGAUUGGCAGACAGUUUGAAAAAUUUGAAGAGGGAAAUACCACAAUUCGAUAAAUUGUUCGCUACACCUGGUUCUGGAUUCCGGGACGCGUUUCUUCAAGUAAACAAAAACCUUUUGAAGCAAACGGUUGCCGAACCAAAAGAAGACCAAGGUCAAAGUAGCAAUGAAUGGAGGAUUAAAGAGCACACACUCCUGACAGAAAUCUCGCAACUGACUGAACAAGUGCAGUUGUUGCAAAGAAAUACAAAAGUCUCGCGGAGUGACAAGGGAUAUGUAGAUUCUGCUAAGUAUGAGAAAGAAAUAGAAAGACUUAAGCAAGAAAACUUGGACUUCAGCAAACAGCUACAGUCCACAAAGGAGGAAAAGAAUCUACUUCUGCACAGGUUGAGUAAGCUUGCCGGGGCUAAGUUAUCGGACAACAAUCCCGACAUCACCGACCUUAGCGACCCGAACCGCCCACAGAAACUAGCACAGAUGUACAAUGAAUUGUAUGACAACGUGCAUUCGGAAGCUUUCGAGUCGUUCCCUAAAUCUGAUGAUAAAGGAAAGGCUCAUGUUCUCCUUGACAUGUUUAUGGAAAUCUGGAGGUUUUGUAGAAAUCUAGGACACCAUCAGCUAGUUUCAAUGGAGAAUCUAAUGCUGCAUCCUUGGCUGACCACUUACGAGGGACCAAAGGGAUCACAAGGGGAUAGCUACCAGACUGAGAUAAUGAAAACCAUCAAAGAUGUCCGGAAGAUAGCUGCAAAAGAGACAAGAAAGAAACUCUACCAGCAUUUCCUUCAUGAGAAUCCUAGAUAUGGUUCCUACAACAAAGAAGUUUCACACUAUGCAGAGGAAUGUUUGAAACUGUGCUGGCUCUGUGCCAUUCAAGACCCGUCUAUAGAAUUUAUGUAUAGUGUGAAAGAGGGGGAAGUGAUUGAUUCCAAAUACUUCAGAAAAUAUGACCGAUCGGGAGAUAUUGUCGAGUAUCUAUUGUGGCCGGCGAUGCUUUUGCACAAAGAAGGACCAGUUUUAAGCCGUGGAAUAGUUCAAGUGUUCAAGAAAAAAAAGUGAAAGUUUUUGGUUAUAAAUUGCGAUGUGAACAAACAAAAAAGAUUGACAUAUUUAGUAUGAAUAUAUUAUGUUACUUGUUAUGGGAAGAAGUGAUUAUGAUAUUAAUAUAAAAUUAUGAUUAUCAUUAUAUUACAUUAUAACCGUCAUCAUCAUUCCAAGAGGCACUUUCAAUUUUUCAGGAUAGCAUGUUACGGGACUCCCGUAUGCUUUUCAGAAAAUUAACCCCCAGCUUCUACAAGAAAACCCCACCUUCAAAUGAUCCUUUUGACGGGACAAUUAACCAAACUAACAAACGAAACCAUCUUGCAUUGGUCAUAAAAAUAAUACUGUAAAUCACUUAGUGAAUUCUUUUUUACGUGAACUUACCUCUUUAGACAUUUUUACGAACGUUGAUCAAAUUUGAGAAUGUUGAGAUAAGUAUAGACAUGCACUCCAGACUAACGGUAACGGAUAGUGUCAUAUUGGCCACCAUUGUGUUAAUUAGGGUCAUGGGGAUAACCAGAAAAGUCGUGAUUCACUCAUUUGAUAGAUGCUGCGAAUGUAUUUACCUAUGAAUAGGCUGACUCGUGCAUGAUAGUAUGCAGACAAAAGAAAUUUACGAAUGUGAAUUGUGAACGCUCUACAGUAACAAAAAUAUAUGAUUUUCUGAUUUUCAAAUCAAAUGUCUACAUGCAUUUAUCAUCUGUUAAGAUGUUUUUCCCCUGUAGACAGGCGGUACUCAUUCAUAUAUAUGUCCUUUUACAAGCCGGGGUAACCGAGUUGACCAAGCGUGACAUACGGGACAUUUUGAGCCAUUCUUCCAAUGGUGUUUCAAGUACUCGUGCCUUCGUUACUGGCCAUAUAACUCACAUAUGGGAUUCUAAGAAAGUCAGAUAAGAUAUGGUCAUUAGCUAUUGAUGAUGAAGCAGCUAUAAAGCCGUGAUAUCGGGUUAAUAUCUAACGUUGUGUUUCUUAUCUGUGAUAAUCAUAUUAUUUACUUGUGUUUAAGCAAAACAAAUACCUCCAUCAAUCGAUCAACAUUCGACACAAAUCCGUUUUAUAACAAAGCAUCCAACACAACUCGUGAUGAACUGAUCAAUGGUUGUUUUAUGUUUACACCCUAUUUGGUAUUUAUUUAAUGCCUGUUCCAAUUCUGCUAUAGAUAUAUGUAGGUUGUUAUUUUACUUUACACUUUUUUUAUGGGCUUAGACAUUUUCAGUAUUGCAUUUGAAUAUUUAAUUCUGAUUGGCCUCCACAAAACUUUAGAAAUCGUCCUUGGGUGUGACUGAAUAGGUGGCUUUCGACACAAUUCUAGUUCUUUUUGUCACUUUGGGAGGUCUUUGCCCUCCUGAGAAAAAUCGCCAAUGAUCCAAUUUAGACAAAAAUUUACAGUAAAACACAGUGUUCUUUGUCAUUAAUUAUCGCUGUUGUUCCUGGAUUACACGUAUUUGUAUAUAUAUAUAUAUGUCUUCGGGAACUAGCUGGUCGACUGGCACUGAUUUAAUUUAACAUACCAGGAAGAAUGGUGUUUUACGUGUAGUUUGAUUGACCAAAAAAAGUUUGAUGAUACACUCAUGAAAAUGUGUAACAGGAGGCCAUUAUUGCAACAACCAACAAACAUGAUAUUUACUGUCUAAGUAGCUAGAUAUAUGCACGCAAGACCACGAGAAAACUGUUUUAUUGUGUAGUUUUUGAUAUUCACCUGUCAUUUGAUACCGUACACCAUUGCUCUCUCUGUUCUCCACUUGUAUUUUACAAUUCAGCUUUUUGGUGUGGCAGUUUUGAAACUAUUUUUUAUUCCACAAGAUCUCUAUUUUAACAUGUACUUGUGAUUACAGGAUUAUUAGAAAUUUUGUCAUUCAGUAGAUGUAAGUGGCAUAGUGAAGGUAGACCUUACUUCCUGUUGUUUUAUAUUACAGUCUUUCUGUGACAUUUAACGGAAGUGCAGCGUUGUUUUGAUAUGGCAGCAGGAUCAUAAUGCUUUUUGGGGUACGGUAGUAUUAUGUCUUUACGAACGACGUUGAAAAGUCGUAAUAGAAUGUAUAAUAUAUGGAAUGGCGUGAUUUUGAUGUGUUUAUCUGGUAGGUUAUUAGCGUCUGAUGCUUUAUCCAGAGAAUUCCAUGAAUUUCUUUAUUUCUAAGGGAGACGAUUUUCAUCAAUGUUGCGUGAUCUCUGUACGUAGCAUAUCUUGAUAUCAAUUAUAUUCAUUAAAAAGGAUCCAGUUGGUAUCGUGAGAUAAGUAAAAGUCCAUGGAUGAUAUAAACUAUAGUGUCCGAUUCUUAUGGGUGAUAUGUAUAUACCAUAGAUGCACAUAAUUUUGUAAAGAAUAUUACAGUGUGUUUAUAUGUGUUUGGUAGUUUUGGUUUUGUUUUGUUACACAACUGUCAAGCCGUCGAUCCGUAACUACGGUAAUUUCAGAAAGAUAAUCUUUACUGAUGGCUAAUGUAAGAAGUUCUAGGUAACAUGCUAUUAUAGAUAUUUUUUACAAUUACCUUAUUGAUACUUUGUUCACGUUAAUUCUUGUUAAUUCUUGUAGCGAAUUAAACUCGAGGAUGACACAUUUGAUAUUAAGUUUGCAUGUAUUUUGUAUUUGAUAUUUAUGCGAAAAUAAUUGAAAUAAUAAAGAAUGAAGACUGUAUG